AACCGGAAGUUCAGUAAGGUUUGACUUGAUAACAGUAGCUAGGUAGUUGUGACUGGGGCUCCCCGGGAUUGUUCACAAGGGAGGAACACGCAUCACUUUUGAACGAAAACAGCCCAGACACGAUUGUUAUAUCUUGUUUUUGAAUCGUUCAGCGCAAACGAACGCUAACAUUAACGUGUCUCUUGGGAAACGGCUUCGCUCCGCUCUUACCUUGAUAGCUAUUGUUUGUAGCAAGCUAACAUUAGCUUUGCUCUUUGCAGUCACAGCUGUGUUGGGUUACUGAUUUAUCUGUAUAAAUCGUUGUGGAAUAUGGCUCAGCAUGGACAUCAUGUAGCCAGUUCCCAAAAAGCACUAAUGCUGGAGAUGAAAAGUCUUCAAGACGAGCCAGUCGAAGGGUUCAAAAUAACUUUGGUGGACGAGUCGGACAUGUACAACUGGGAAGUAGCGAUAUUCGGACCCCCAAAUACACACUACGAGGGAGGUUAUUUUAAGGCUCGGAUCAAGUUCCCUGUCGACUACCCAUACUCUCCACCUGCUUUCCGCUUCCUCACCAAAAUGUGGCAUCCCAACAUUUAUGAGAACGGAGAUGUGUGUAUCUCUAUCCUGCACCCACCAGUUGAUGACCCACAGAGCGGCGAGCUGCCUUCAGAGAGGUGGAACCCCACACAGAAUGUCAGGACCAUCCUUCUCAGUGUGAUUUCUCUACUGAACGAGCCCAACACCUUCUCCCCAGCUAAUGUGGACGCGUCCGUCAUGUACCGCAAGUGGAGGGACAGCAAGGGCAAGGACAGAGAAUACAUCGAGAUCAUCAGGAAGCAGGUGCUGGCUACCAAAGCUGAGGCAGAGCGAGAUGGCGUCAAGGUUCCUGUCACACUGGACGAGUACUGCGUCCGCACACAAAUCCCACCCACAGACGAUGGCUCCAACCUCUUAUACGACGACUACUAUGACGAUGAGGAGCUGGAGGACGAUGACGACGAGGACGACAAUGAGGACUGUUGCUAUGAUGAGGAUGACUCGGGCACUGAGGACUCCUGACCUUGCCUCCCCUGAUCCGUCCCUGCCCCCACACCUCCCUUUUCUGUCAUAAACUGAAUUUUAGUAAUUAGCACAGACAUGUCCACCUUCUGUCACAUGUGCAGUCACAGCAUGCACACUAAAACCUGACUCAUUGAAAAGAAA